AUGUCGCUGGAGGAGUCGUUCUUGUUAACCCCAGAGGACAGCACACUUCUGCUCCUGAAUGUUUCCAGGGUAUUUUGGGAGUCCGCAGGAGAGCAGCAGCACCACUUCAGCAUCUGGCUCCCUGGUAUCGGCAUCGCUGCUAUCUACGGGAUCAUCAUCAUCGUGGGGCUGAUUGGAAAUGUCACUUUAAUGAAGACGUGUCUGUUGGUGAGGUCCAUGCGGACGGUGCCCAACUUAUUCCUAUCCAGUCUGGCUCUGGGGGACCUGCUGCUACUGGUGACCUGCGCGCCGGUGGACGCCAGCCGGUACUUGGUGGACGAGUGGCUCUUCGGCCGCGUCGGAUGCAAACUGAUCCCUUUCAUCCAGCUCACCUCUGUGGGAGUCUCCGUGUUCACUCUCACUGCUCUCUCCGCUGACCGGUACAAGGCUAUCGUCAACCCGCUGGACAUCAACAAGUCCAGUGCUGCUCUGAGCAUCGGUUUACGCGCAGGGAUGAUCUGGCUGCUCUCGGUGACUCUGGCUGUGCCCGAAGCCGUCUUCUCCGACCUGCACACCUUCACCACCAGCCACACCAAUGAGACGUUUGUGACCUGCGCCCCUUACCCUCACGCGGGGGAGCUCCACCCGAAGAUCCACUCCACCGCCUCAUUCCUCAUCUUCUACAUCAUGCCCCUCUUCAUCAUAUCUGUCUACUACUGCUUCAUCGCUCGCAGUCUGGUCAGAAGCUCCGCGGACAUCCCCGCCGAGGGACACCUGCACUUUCAGAAGCAGAUCAGGUCCAGGAAGCGUCUGGCUAAAACUGUGCUUGUGUUUGUCGGCUUGUUUGCGCUCUGCUGGCUCCCGAGUCAUGUGAUCUACCUGUACCGCUCCUACCACUACAACCAGGUGGACACGUCGCUGGGCCACUUCAUCGCCAGCGUGUGCGCUCGCAUCUUGGCCUUCACCAACUCCUGUGUGAACCCAUUUGCUCUGUACCUGAUGAGCAAACGCUUCAGGAAACACUUCAAAAAGCAGCUUCUGUGCUGCUCCGCUCCCACAGAGCUGCGCAGCCAGAGCAGCAGGAGCACAAAUGUAACGACCGUCUGAACCAAUCGGUGUUCAUGAACUUCACGCCCAUGCUUUGGCAGGAUUUG